AUGGGUCUAGGAAUCCAACACAUCUACACCAGUCCAUAUUAUCCCAACCCCUCACAUGCCGAGAGGGUCAACAAACAGAUUAAAAUUGCAAUCCGGAUUUUCCAUCACCAGCAUCAAAAGCACUGGGACCAGGACUUGCACUGGUUUCAGAUAGCCUUUAAUUCCGCUCAACAUGAAUCAACCAAAGUUUCCCCAGCCCGUUUAUUUCUUGGUAGAAACCUGUACCACCCCUUGGAGUUGCAUUGGAACCUGGACAAAUUGGUUGACGAGCAUGCUUCCCCACAAUCCUCACGUGAGGAAUGGGAAAGGGCGGUACAAAACCUCACAAAAGCUAGGCAACGUAGGCAGCAAGGCUACGACUUAAACAGAUUGCCCAAUCCCUACAAGACGGGAGAUUGGGUAAUGUUUAAGGAACAUCAUUUAAGCAAGGCUGCCGACUCAAUCAAUCAAAAGCUGUUGCCUGUCUGGUCAAAGCCUUGUGUUAUAGAAACAUUUUCAUCACCAGUUACAGCACGUUUGAUAAACCCAUCCACAGCACAGACAAAAAUCGGUUUACGCGACCCACACCAGUCCAGCCUUGGUUACCCGGCACCUAUCGUGGGUCAAAUCCACAACGCCCCUGACAGAUCACAGCCAACUCCGUCAGUGAUCGGUCCACCGCCCUGCUACUUACCCUUCACCACCCUCAAGUAA